AUGGGAUAUGGAAAUAGCGUAGGUACGUACCAGUUAGGUCGAACAAUCGGAGAGGGAACAUUUGCCAAGGUUAAGCUGGGUGUAAACUCCACCAAUGGCCAUCAUGUUGCAAUCAAGAUCGUGGAUAAGGACAGGGUCAUGCAAAGCGAUCUCAAGAAUCAGGUACAAAGGGAGAUAAGAACCAUGAAACUCCUGCAUCACCCCAAUAUCGUGCAGAUACAUGAGGUUAUUGGUACAAAGACGAAGAUUUAUAUGGUAAUGGAAUAUAUAUCAGGAGGACAACUUGCAGACAAGUUGUCCUAUGCCAAGAAACUUAGUGAAUCAGAGGCAAGAAAAAUCUUUCACCAGUUGAUAGAUACCGUAGACUAUUGCCAUAACAGAGGAGUUUAUCACAGAGACCUAAAGCCAGAAAACUUACUUCUGGACGCUAAAGGAAAUCUGAAAGUCUCCGACUUUGGACUAAGCGCGUUGCACAAGGUACGGAAAGCCUGUGCUAAUUAUCUCUCCCAAGUGAAAGAAAUCACUCCAUUGAUAAUGUGUGUCUGUGCAAAGAUAUCUACAGCUGAAUAUGCAUGUCCACAGUGGUUUACAAAAAGUCAAAAGAAACUAAUAUCAAGAAUAUUAGAACCAAAUCCCAGAAAGAGAAUAACAAUACCAGAGAUCAUUGAAGAUGAAUGGUUUCAGAUAGAUUACAUGCCUUCUUGUGGAUAUGAAUGCGAUGAGAAAAUCUUCUUGGAUGAUGUUAAUGCUGCUUUCGAUGCAGAUGAGGAAGACAAGAAGCAGAAAACCAGGCUAGGAUCCGAACAUACAGUUAAUGAAACCAUAAGGAAAAUAAAAGCUGCUGCAAUGGAUGUGAGUCUGUCAGUCGAAAGGAUGACCAAUUCCAAGAUGAAAAUGCACCCAAAACUAAUGAUGAAAAGACGUACCAGAUCAUAUUAUGACCUAUCUGCAGAGGUAAUUGAGGUUGCUCCCAUGAAUUGCGUUGUAGAAAUAUCAAAAUCAGUAGGGGAGCUAAGAUUGUACAAAGAGUUCUGCAAAAGUUUAUCGAGUUUGCUGACAAAGAAAUCAGAAUUAUCAUUGACAAAGAAAUCAGAAGUAUCAUUGCCAACACAAGGAUCAGAAAAUGAAAAAAAGCAACAAUUAGAAGUACUCGAGAUAUAA